GGUGGUGGUGGACAGAGGUGGUUGAAGGACGAGAGGGGCGAAAGAGGGUGGCUCUGGAAAGGGUGGGCCUUCCAAGUGUCUUGUCUCCUAUCAUCCUGUCGUCCAGGGUAUCGCUUACGAAUGUCGCGCGAUCGAGCGAUCCGUCUCCGAUCCAGCACGACCAGGGACGUUCUGCCAUCGAAGGCGUUGCGACGAACCCGCUAGUCUACACCGUACAGUUUAACAUUAUCAUCGUGUUACGCUCUCCGCUUGAUAUGCGACGCGAGCCGCGAUUCGAACCGCUCCGCGUGUCGGAUAGACCGUGUUCUGCCGUCGGACCGUCGGCGGAGGAGCAUCCUGUGCUCUUCUGACGGGACGAACGCGUACAACGAGCCGUGUUCAGUGGAACGGGUGACUGUUUGCUCGAAUCGUGUGCCAUUCCAGGGGAAACAGAACUCGAGACUGACGCGUUCCGUUCGGGGAACCGUGAACGUCGCUGGAACGGACUCUUUGGACGCGAGUCAACGAUGUCUGGUGAAACGGAGAUCGAGGUAUCCGUAGUGUCCGAAGAGGAUUUGGAACUGGAAGGUUCGAGGAGCAGCUCGACACCGGCGGAGUUGCUUCUACAAGAGAAAAACGGAAAGUCCGGUUGUGGGUUGAACAAUCAUCAUUCCUUCAGCUUCGACGUAGGCAAACCGGCACUCAGGCCCGCGUGUAACCCUCAGUACACGUCCUUCAGCAUCUCUAGCAUCCUCGGAAGACCCGAGUCACCUCCUAUAGACUCUACAUCGACGGUGUCCGCCGAAAGGCAAUCGUCGGACGUUGACAGAGGUUCGCCAUUGCCAACGACGAACGCUCAGAAUUCCCAGAGAAUCGGAUCCUCCUGUGACAGCCCUGCGAGGGGUUUGUCCUCGCCUACGUCCUUGAGAUUUUCCAACAAUCAAAGGGGCGUCUCGUCGGUCGGUCACACGACAGACAACAGAAACAAUGCUACUAACAUGGGGAUCGUAUGUGCUACCAGUGCUACCAGCCCGGCGUCCACUUUCUCUCCGCCCAGCGACGCCUCCACGAACCCUCUGCUCGGUCAUCAAGCGUCGGCCGACUUGGCGAUGCUGUCGAGAUUGGGCCUGAUGUCGUCGUUGAUAGCGGGCCGAUAUCCGGUCGGAAUUGGCGUCGGCGGCGUGUUCUUUCCGUCGACGUUGCAACACCUUCACCAACAACAGCAACACCAACAUCACUCGCGGCUGGCAGCAGCUUCGUCGGCCUUGAGCAACGCCGUUCAGGUCACCGGCCAAUCGGAUAUCGUCGAUGCCGACGGCAUCCGCGGCGUUCUACCCGGUGGCGCCGGUUGGCCGUUUCCAUGGAGGCCGACGCACGGCCUGCAGACGCUGGAACAUCCGUCGCCGAGCGACGUCGUCGGCAGCUUGAGCCGCGUCAGUCCCGCUUCCGCGUCCUUUCCGCAAAGGGACGACCUGGACGACGAGAACGGGGAGGAGCGUCUACACCGGACACGGAGUCCGUCGACGGGCGACGAAGGACAUGACGAUCUGGGCGAGCAGGACGACUGCCCGGAGGCGGACGGCGAAGGGGAAUCCACAAACUCGACGAGUCUUCACGGUGGUAGCGGCGGUGGCACAGGGAAUAGCGGAGGUGGUGGAGGCGGUGGUGGCGGUGGGCAGAACAGCGUGCAGGUUGGCGUAGAUGGUCGCGACUCCAGCAGCAUGAAACGAAAGAAGAAGACGCGAACUGUGUUCUCGCGGUCGCAGGUGUUUCAAUUAGAAAGCACGUUCGACAUGAAACGCUACCUUUCGUCUUCUGAACGCGCCGGUCUCGCUGCAUCGUUACGGCUGACCGAGACUCAGGUGAAGAUCUGGUUCCAGAAUCGUCGUAACAAGUGGAAAAGACAACUCGCUGCCGAAUUGGAGGCAGCAAACAUGGCGCACGCGGCGCAGAGACUAGUCAGGGUGCCGAUACUGUAUCACGAGGCGUCCGCCGGAAGCGGAACGUCCGGCAGUGUCUCGGUGUCGGUCGCUGCGCCGCCGGCCGCCGCUGCGCCAGCGUCGGUCGCCACGUCGGCGCUCUCCCACUCGGUCGGCGUAGGAGUCGGCGUCGGUGUCGGCGUCGGCACCUCCUGCCCCCCUACCACCGCCCAGCCGAUCUUCUACUCCCAUCACCAUCAGCACCACCAUCAUCACCCGGCUCACGUGCAGGCGCACACUCUCCUGCCCCACCAGGUACACCCACAACCGCCGCCACCCCCGCCGCCGCCGCCUAACGGCCAACCACCCCAAUCCUCCUCGCAAUAACACCGUCCGGCUCACGAGACCGUCGGCCCGCUGCAACCAACCACCGCCGACACCGCGGUCUCCCUCUCGCGACUCGCCUCGAUCGCCUUGUCCGGAUAAACGUUUUCUUCUGCCGUUUCGGUCAUCUUCGAUCGUCGAUCGUGCGAACUUGAUCGAGCCAGGUACAAUCUCUUCCUUUCAACGUUUCCUUUUUCGUCAAUUACACUGAUCUUUCGCUAUUCUGGGGUAAGUUUUUAGUCUUGUUUUCAAAAGUUUGCUGGAAAUCGGUAGAUCAGAGAAUAUCUGUGAUUCGAUAUUUUAUCACGAUCAGAUCUUACCGAGAGCGGAAACUUGACAAAAUUUUAUCAUAUACUUUCUACCAUCUUUCUUUCUCCUUACUCGGUUUAAAACAUUUAAUCGCGAUUACGUAACACUCCAUACGAUGUAACUUUACUUGGAAGGGGAAAGACACGAGGAACUUCAAAUAUUACAACGUAUGUUAAAAAAUGAAAAAACGCUACGUGGGAAAUUGUAACUGAGAAAAACAGUUAUUUGAACGAUACGAAAGAGUGUCACUGGGAUCUUUAGAAGAGGAAGGAACAAAACGAUCACCGAGAGUUAAUGCAAAAUGAUGGAAUUUAAAGUAAAACAAAAUAACGGACGAUUUUAAAAAAACAGAGGGAGGUUUAACCGAAACACGAUCUGGCUUGUUCAAGCUAUCCGAAAGCUUUUCAACAUCGCUGAAAUCGCGGGUUUGGCUCGUUAAGUUUCGACACGAUCGAUGGCUCUCGAGUCUCCGUUUCAGCAACGAAACGAUCUCGUUUUAUCCACGUUCGUCGCGCCACGUCUUUCAAUUGCACGUUCCAUGCCCGUGUACUAGCAUCCGCGUUCCGUUCCAAGCGACGAUGCAUCGAAACGCAAGAGGACAGGAUCGUCACGGUGUCGGAGGUUGGGUUUUUCGCCGCGGUUCAACGCGACUGGCGACUUCCGGCAAGUCGAACAAUUGUAAUAUAAGUAUGUAUCUAGUCUGUCAACUUGUCGAUAAGAAACUGCUCGUGGAACGAUUAUUAAGAAUAUUUUGUCGAUGAGCGCAGGACAAACGCAGUUCUGUCCUUCCCUCUGUUUCUAUAGCUGUCUGGCUCACUUUUACGUCUUUCUAUCGUUUCGUUUAUACGCUUUUCUAAAUACGUGACACGAAACUUGUUUCUACCGUUGACACGAAUUUUAAUUUCUUUCUUUUCCUUAGUCUUCUUUCUAAUCGGGAACGUUGCAAACACGAAACGAGGAAUCUCAAAGAAAAAUGUAAAUGUAACCGCUAUGAGAUUGUAACUAAUUGUUAGAUACACCGUAAGACACAGGCAGGGUUCCUACGACAUUAUUCUACCUGUUGUGAUAAGUAUUUAAACGAUUAAUUUUAUUAAACGAACGGUAUAGUUACGAAAUACCGGCUCUCUCCUCUCCUUCGCAUUGUAUAUCUCUCCACCUAAUCUAUAGACGUCAAUUAAGGAAAAUGAAAGGCAAAGCACACCGCUUGUCGCGUCGUGUUUUGUACGGACGUUUGUGAUCUGAGAUUCACGCAGACUAUUGUACAGCUGAUCGUUUCGUAAUCGCUAAUAAUGAUCGUUGAACCAUAA